CGACUCAACCGCAAAAUUCAAUGCAAAUUUACAUCACCACAUCAAUCAACACGCAAUCAACUCAGAAGUGAAUUCAGAAUUGCGCGUCAAAAGGACCUCGAGCUAUGUCGGAAGAAGAAAAGGUCGUCACCCACGAGGAUAUCUGGGACGACUCGGCUCUGGUGAAUUCGUGGAACGAAGCCCUUGAAGAGUACAAGAAAUACCACAGCAUUCACGCUGACAGGACAGCCGAAGCCCAUAUUGUUCCAGAUUCGCAAAAGUCAGGCCACUUUCCACCAUUUUUUACCGUCUCCACCUCCCCUGGUCGGUGUCUGCGCUAUGGCGCACACCCUCCCGUUGUCGAAGCAGCAAGCUGAUUAAAUGGAUCACGGUAAUUGAUCGCCAUGGAACAGCCCCCUACGGAACGCCAAGACUGAAACGAAUGAGCCUCAGUCGCCGCCCAAGAGAACGAGGGGCGAUGGCGAAACAAUUCAAGAGCAGGCCAAGCCUACGAGUGGACGUCCUGAAGUUUCCGGCGUGAAUGAUCAUCAACAACGUGGCGGCGCGCUUAGCUCGCCCGUAUCUGUGCUUGGCUCAGUUAAAGAUGAAAACCUCAAAUCCCUGCUGAUGUCAUGGUACUACGCCGGUUAUUACACGGGGCUCUAUGAAGGACAGCAACAGAGAUCCCACCAAGGCGAAUCGUGACCGGAGAUAAGAAAUUGACCAGGACACGUCGGGACCAAGAGCUGUCUGAGCGCCUACGAUCGAUAAAGGUCAGGACAUCCGCCCACAGAUCUCCGAGCUCCUUACCGCACCCUUCGUAGUUUA